AUGGUCCUGCUCUUCCUUCAUAUGCUAGUUCCAGCUGUGUUGUCGCUGGCAAACAUGUUUAAGAAACUAAGAAAAGGUGACAGAAGCGAAGCGAUGCGAUGCAGCAUGCAUUUGACAGCAGCCGCUCAGGUAAAAGUGGAGCUCGUGAUUAGCAAAUGCAAAGUAGCUUUAGCUGGGAACCUUAUUUUAACACUGUAGCUUUUAGGUUGUCAUCGCAUCAGUAUUUUAGAGACACGGAGAUUUACAUACACGCAAAUUGCGUUUUAAACUACGAAUUUUAAAACGCAUUCUGCACGAACUAUCUACCGCAGUGCCGCCAAAAAAAAUAAAUGUCUGUUUGCCAUUUUUCUGAAUGAAUACCUUUCAUUUCAACGCUGUCAUCUCUUUCUAUGUGAUUUAGGAAACUAUUUAUUGCUAGGCGAAUGAUACUCUCAGUGAACCCCUUUGUUUGUCUUAUCUUAUUUUUAGGAUGUUCUUUCUUGCCUGACUUUAGCGAUCGACAUGAAGUCGUUGAAAGAAAGCGCUGAAAGAGCUCUCCAUCUGCUCCUACCGCGAGUGGUAAGCUUAAGUUAAUAACGUGCGCUCAGCUUCCCACCCGCAAUAUGUAGUUUGUUUACGUUUUGUGGAAACCAACUAUAGUUGCGGAUUCAUUAAUUUUUUUUCCUUUAUCAUAAUAUACACAUUUUUUAUUCCGUUCACGUUUUGCAAAAUUGUACUAAGAUAUUUCCUCCGAUCUUCCAAAUUUUUCCACUUAAAUUGCGGCGGCAACUUCUAUUAGUUGUCAUCGCAGAAAUUAAUGCCUGACCUGUUGGCAAAAUGCACCUCACCGAUGAGAGCUUUCUUUUGUUGUAAAUAUCUUUCUCUCCCAGUCACUAGUCAUCCGUGACCCAGCGAAAUUUGAAGCAACGAAGAGAAGAAAUUCAGUCAUACUGUGAAAUUUGUAAACCGGGACACUUCGUAACAAUGCGAGCCGUCAAUCUUUACGUCAAACAUUUAUCGCUUCUGUAAAACACAUGAACUUCUGCACGCUGAACGUGUAAUUUAUGUAAACUUAUAUUGUAUCCCAGUUUACGCCCCAAGGACUGCCGCAGAAUUGCAUUAUUUUUAACUUUGGUCAAGCUAACUAAACGGUACUACAAUAUUUUCUUUGUACAACGAUUUCGCGUUUUGCAAAUGACAACCGCACUUCUUGGGAGGUAAUUUGAGAUGACAGUAUUUAUAUUCUUAAGCAAGGACGUACACGCAAAAUGUUAAUUUACAUCUGAAGGCGACAAAACAGCUUUCACUCAAAUUUUCAAGUUUUGUUAGCCGUCGUCCGGUUCUUAUAUUUGCAUUUUUGAUGGCUUGAAAUCGAUUAGGCGAAUCACUUUUAAAAGCACUUAAAGUAAAUGUUUUUGCUCUGUCGAGUACCGCCAACUUUUCUGCAUUGCAGAAAGCAUGCAGCUUUAAAACCUAAAAAACGAAAGAAUCGAUAAAUCUGCACUAUUUUGGCGCUAAAUUUUGGUUGCAUUUGUUAGGAGUUCUCAAAUCUCUCAGUUUCCUUCCACAAAAGAACAGACAGUUCGCCCUGAUCGGCGCCAAAUAUUAAGUUCUUCUCACUGUUUUGAUUUUUGCAAUAGCUCUGCUGAGUGAGAUAAAAGGUUAUUUGGCAAUUUAACGAAAUGACAACUAAAACUUGCCAUGUUGUCUGUUAAGCUUACUGAUUUUAAUGUCGGCAAACUCUGUGUGUCCCUAAAAAUAUUUAUUCGCCCACAGAAAUAGUUUUCCAGUUCAGCACACGCGCCGUUCAACACAAACAGUGGUCGCGGGUCAUGUUGGAUUAAGCUACUUUAUUUAUUUUAUGUGCCAUAGCAAUUUGGCAAAUCAGGACAAUUGAAAGUGCUUGUGAAAAAGGAUUAAAGACUUUUAAAAUCAAAAGAAGUCUUUGUCAUCUUUUUUAAUUGCCAUUUGCAACAAAUAUCGCCAAUAUCUUUGAUUUUUCGUCCACGCUUUCUUCCGUUAAUUAUUGAUGCCAAUUUAAGUGACAAUACAUAGUCCCAACAGUACGUUUCAAAGUUAUGCAAAAAUUGUACAAAAACUAUUCAGCGAUAGGUUUUUGUCUUGUUCUUGAUUCAGAUUUCAUUAUAAGUGACACUGAAUAAACUCGAUCUUCAUGAAGCUUAAAAUUCCCCCAUCUAAUUUUUUAUAUUGGUUUAUUGUUGCUUGAAAAGGUUUUGAAAGGUUUGCAUUACAGUUCAAGUUAUAUGCAUAUCUUUAACUACUUCUGAAUUAUUGUUGUUAAACUAUAUCUUUGAAAAGUUUUAAUUCUUGAAGUAACAGAAAAUGAAGUCAAUCAGCCUUGAAUUACUUUCAAGCUGCAAAAUGUUAAUAUACAAUUACAGUAUUUUUUAUUUUGAAUUAUCAUGAAUGAUGUUAAUGAGGUAGUUGUCAAAGUGUAAGCAGGCUGUAAAUAAACAACAGCUGCACCUCUAUUGUACUAAGAAUUUCAUUUGGAUGCUUGACUUGGAAAUUUGACCUUAGUCUCCUUGUGUUUGAUCAUUAAGGCUUAGGGUUCCUUAAUCCGUUCCCAAAUGAAAGUGUUAACAACGAAUCAAAUUUUAAGGCUCGUGUUUUGAAUGACUGUCCACAAACAUUCUAAGGGCACUCUAUACUGAGCGUAGAUGGAUACAUACUUGGCUAAUAUCAAUUUUUAUACUGGUUUGUGGGAGAGAGGGUGGAGGCAAAAAGGGUUUGAACUGGGAGGACCUUAACAAUGGGAGAAUAAUAAUAUAACAUUGCUUUAAUUACCCUGAAGUUGAUUUAAAAGGUUUAAAUACCACGGACAUCAACCCCUCGAUGAAGUAACUCCUAAUUCUUUCUCUCAAAAAAGAAAAAAUAUUCAAACUAAAAUUGUUCAGUGACAUGACUUGCUGGUUCUGUUGGUAACUGUUGUUAAAGAGAAACAUUAGAUACUUAAUUAUGUUGACAGGCAGAUGUGCUGGUGUUUGUCUUGAGUUCUGUCUCCAAUGAACUUGAAGCUCUCGGAAGAUCUGGUAUCAGUGUACCUAAGAUACCACAAAGUGGAGUUGCCAGGUUUGUAUUCAAAAUUAUUUGUAAACACUCCGGCAGAUUGAUUAAGCAAAGAAACAAUCCUGGCAAGGCUGCAAUUUAGCAAUUCCAGAGAAGAAACCAAAAAAAAAUUAAGGCUUUGAAAGGAUUCAAGUUACUGCCUCCUAGAUACUAUUUUGGGCACUACCACUGCUGAACUUUAUCAAUUAGCCAAAUGUUGGGAGCAAGGCAAAUCUGUGAAGGUUGUCUCUUUCAUUGAUUUUCAUCUGCAGGUCAAAAUAACUUUAUUCCAUUACAAGUGGUUACUGGUUGUUAGCACAUCAAGAAUAUUUAGUUUCUCAUACAAAAGCAAACUAGAUAUUUUUUCAAACUUUUGUAAAAUUAUGGACAUGAAUGGACUUGAGUAAGUAUCUCUCAGAAGGCACACAGAACAAUUCCUUGGUUUGAGUUGACACCUUCAAAGAGGUAGAAUCCAAAUUAAUCAAUAAAAUUAUUGUUCAAAGUUUACAAAAUGUCAUGAGGGAGGGAACAAUAUGAAGCUAUGAAAAGAAUGCUAUUUGUUUAUAGGCCACAAGAUUCAGACUCUGGAAGUGAAGUUAACUGAUUUCUCAGAUUUUUGCAGACUAAAAGUAAUGAUUUUGACUUUUGGUGUGAAGUUCAAUAAAAUGUCCUAAUUCAGUUAUCAUAAUUUGAUGAAAAAAAGGAAUGUAAACAAUCAGUUUGGUUAAACGAUGUUUAGAAAAGAAAAAAAUUGAACUACAGCAUAUAAACACAUGUAUUGUUCACAUCAAAACAUUAUUGUUCUAUGAUUUCAUCUCCAGGAAAGCCAUUGAUAGUAAGCAAAGAAUAGUUUUAUCCAGCAUCGACAAAGAUGAUCCUUGUUUAGUAUAUUUACCAUCAACUGAAACACUUGGAAGUGAUCAAAGAGGUUAGUAAUUAAAAACCCUUUGGCAUUUUCACAGUCAAAUUUGCUUUGUCCUUUUUUUUUUUCUUUUUUGCAGAUUUUGAAAUUAAAGUAUAUUUCACAUACAUUUGGAAUUCCCAGAGAUCCAAUGGCUAAAAAUCACCCCUAAACAUAGGCUUCCAUACAAUAAACCUUUAAUGACAAGGACAAUGGAAAAAUGAUGGUUUUAAUUUUUUUUAUAUUCAGUUUAAUGUCCAGGAAAAGUACACACGUGAACACCUCUGAGCCCUGUUUCACUUUCUUUUCCAGUGAUUCUGUCACCACUGUACAAAGACAAUACACUAGUAGCAUUUUUGAUGGUAAGUUUCCAGUGAGAAAAAUUUUCCCACGAUCAAGGUAAAUUAGAUAAACAACUUUAUCUUUGGUACAAAUAACAUGUACUAUUGAAGAAAAUCAUUGGGCUGCUCUCACUUAAGAAUAAUUAUUUUGAAAUAAAGAGAUGUGAACUGUUUUCUCUACAUUUACAUCUGGCAAAUAAAGUUAGUGCACUCACUUUAGUAAAGUAAUAUACAUUUAGUUUUAUAAUUUUUUGAAAAGACACAUGAGGACACAUGUAUGGUAGUAUGUGCAAUGUAUAUUCUUGUGAAAACAGUGCCACCCAGGCAGUGAACAUUAUGACUGAGAGGAAGAGAAAACUGAAACAACAGUAAUUUGCAGUGAUGAAUAUUCUUUUGUCACUGCAGAUUGUUUGUGGUGUAGGAGAGGAUACUCUGUCCAUACUAGAUUACACAGAGCAGCAGGUUUGUUUUAUUGGAGUAGCCUUGAUUUUCAUCAGGUGCCUGUUGAAGGUAACUGUGAGUUAACAUAUUAAAAAGCUUUUGGUCAGCCCUCUGAUCACCUAUAUAAAGCUUCAUUGCUAUUUUAAAGUCAGUGCUUAUUGCUCAACAAUGCUUUUAUUGACUUUCAGAUACUUCAAAGUUAUCAUCAUAUAACAGAGAGGAGUAAAUAUUUUCAUGAAUUUGAAAGGCAGAAGACAUUUUUAGAUUUUUUUAGUAAGUACAUAUCCUAGUCAUUAGAAAGUGACCUACAUACUUGCAAAUGUAUGUACUGAAUUGAGUUCAAUGUUUAUUUACAACAUUAAGUUUUGGUUAUUAAUAACUUCAAAAGUUACAAGCCACUUUUUAAUCAUUUUUCUCAAUGCUACUUUUUUCCUUUUUCUCCACAAUUCCCCCUCCCUUUCCUCAAAAACAACAUGAGCUGCAAGCUUGCUUGUUUCUUGUAGCUGGCAGGCUUCUUGUUGUGUUGCACUUCCAGUGAGAAUCCUAACUUGCAAGUGCAUUACUAUUUUAGCCCAAGAGAGAAUAUCUAAAAUGACAACAGGGGAUCUUAAUUCCUUACACAGGGCCAAGGUAGACUCUCUAGACAUGUCAUUUGAAUAAUUUUAAUGCAAACAUAAAAGGCAUGAAAAAAAUUCAUUAAAUUUUGUAUGCUGUGCAACAACAACAACAACAAAAUAAAAAAACUAAUUUCUAUACUUAAUUUCUCAGAGGCAUAGCUGAAACCAGAAACAUUUUCUUUACAUACUUAUUGCUUGAUUGCCAAAGGUUUCAUCAUUGUAAAUAUUGCUGUUAAAUUUAUAACAUUUAGUUGAUUCAUAUUCUCUGUUAAACAGGUAGGUCUUAUGAAAAAGAAGUAGGACCUUUGUCAAGAAAAAUAGGGGACUUUGUAAGUGUUAUCGUAACUAUCUGGUUUUACAUUUAACAUUAAAUGUGAUACUUUACUCAUGCACAAAGUUGAAAGUGUGUAUUAUUCAUAAUAUAAUAGGUGUUAAAGGUAACAUGCCAGUAUAUGAUACCAGAAAAUUAUGUUAACAGAUUCUCUGUGUUCUGUCAUUGCCAUGAGUGGACGUUUGAUCAUUGUAUGAGUCAAAGGUUAUUGAAGAAAGUAAUGCAAUUUUUUUAUUCAUAACCUUGCAGCUUCAAUCACAAACUAAUGCAGAGGGUAGUGCCAUUCUGGUACUAGAUAACACAGCUGGGGAACUUCACAACAAGGUACACUUUAUAGAAAUAUCUGCUUAUUUUAAAACUUCAAUAAACAGUACCAUUAAUAAGAUUGAUUAGAUUCCAAGUGGUACUUAACAUGUGUACUGACUGCAUAACUUGCAGUUCAUGUUACAAGAUGUGAAUUUACCUGUGUAUAGUCUAUUGAUACAUAAUCUGUGUAACCAUACAUUUACAUAUAUGAAUAAAGGGAUCAAGAGUUUUAAAGGGCUAAGGCUUGAAAUGUCAGCUUUGAAACUGACUUUACAGUUGUCAAUUUACAUUAUGAUCUCAGUCGAUAAAACCAAAUUAUUUUGUUAUGCAUUCAUGUACAUAGGCCAAGAGACGCAUAAUGUAUUGUAUAGUGUAAUUAUGCUUGAAAUUUGGGGUUGUGGCUUAUACACAAGUUUUUGCGGCAAUGAGACUAAUUAGAGAGCAAUGUCUCACAACGCGUUGAAAACUUAAUAUAGAGCUAUAACAAGGUAGGUAUUUGAUAGCACUACUCCUCAGUCUUUGCUAAAUAACAUGCAAGCGUGAAGUGCAUGGAUAAGAUUAUUGUAGAUGGAUGAAAAUUGCUCUGAUCUUGUUGGGCCUAUAACCACAUGUGUUUCAUGUGUUUGAGCUGGGCCCCAAUGAAAACCACCUUGGUGAGUUGGGUGUCCUUAUAAGAUAUAAAUAUUUAAGAAGUGAAUAGUUUUUCUUCAAGCAGACACUGACAGGAGGUGUUUUAUAAUUGUAUAAUUUAUGAUCUACAGCAAGAAUGCAGUGGAUCAAAUAGUGUGGACAUGAAAAGAAUUGAGGUAGGGAUAGGUGAUGACAGAAAACAUCAACUUUGGUUAGAGUUUUUUUUUUUUUUUUUCAUUGUUCUCAAGUUACUUAACCCUUUACACCCUAACAUCAGUAUCCAUAUAAUAUUAUUUCUCCUGACUGUUCACUAUACACAUCCUAAGCUACUGACAAGGAGAAUUUGUUUUAAAAUCAAGAGUUUCUUUUUUGGUGAUCAUUUCAUCUCUAAUUCUUGUGACUUGUGACCUUAAUGUGUGAUAUUGGGGUGAUAUUAAACAGAGAAAUAAGUUGCCAGUCUCUCUCUGAAAUUAAAUAUUAGUCACCCUUUGGGUCAAAGGUCAAUCAAUUGUCCAACGUCAAAGUUUCUAUACAGUCAGUAUGUGUUUGUGGAAUUUGCAGACCCAAUGUAACAUGUAGUCACCACCUGAAUGCAUUUGAAGGUCUUAGAAUUAGUUAUUUUCAUGCUAAUUUCCCCACAAAUUUGCAGGUUUCUGGAAGCAUUUUUGAGGAAGUCGUUAAAUCUGGCCAAAAAUUGAAUGUUGCGGAUAUAGGAAAGGUACGUUGCACAGUGGAUUUGCCGUCGCAUGGACAACUGCAUUUAAUCAAAAUGAUCUAGGAACUUACAUUUGUGCAGCCCCAGUGAUAUUGCUACAAACUGUUGAUAUCAAGCCAAUUUGAACCCUUUUUUUGCUUAAAUUAUUUUCCUGAAACCUUUUUAGGACACAAAGUACAGAUAUGACCUUCAGAGAAUAACAGGUAAGUUCUCAAAGCGCUGAACAAUAGCUCAAUUUUAGCUAUAAAAAUUGGAUCAAGUAUAUCUCCAUGCACAGUAUAUCAAGUUGGUUGAAGAUUUCUGAAAUAAAAUUUCCACUUCUUAAGUUUACCGCAUGGCCUGGCGGCAACUAGGAUAUUAUGAAGAAAGAAGCAAGACGGAAACAAGGAAAGAAGAGCUGAACAUAGAUCGUUGACUCUGUAUUCACUGUAGUGUACCUCAUGUUGUUCUUGAAUUCUGCAUAAUUCACACCAUCACCUAGAAUGAAGCCUGGAGAGAAAUUUGUAAAACAUACCCUAUUAUCUUCUACCUCUGAAGUAUGAAAAUGUUGUUCGCAUGUUAACCUGAAUUCUGCAUAAUUCACACCAUCACCUGUAGUGAAGUCUGGAUAGAAACUCCUGAAAGGAUACGCUCUUAUCUUAUACCUCGUUCACGUAUGAACAAAGUAUCGUGUCUUUAAUUCAAAACUCAAUGGCGAAAUGCAAAAUUCGUGUAAAUUCGGCUGACAGGUCGCCAGGGAUAAUUAUCAUAUUCACCAAAUCACCUUUGAUGAGUUUCUGUGUUUCUCAGAUGGCUACGUUCAAUCAAUGUUGUGUGUCCCAAUUGUCAGUAUCAACUCAGGCAAUGUUAUAGCGGUGGCGUGCGUAUUCAACAAAACUCUUCCAGAAAAAAGGUACACAAUACAUCGAAAUGUAGACUUUUACGUAAUUACAGUCUCCGUUAUUGCAUUUUUGUCGUUCUAGACUACGAAAAAUUUUUUCCUCACUAUUUGGAGAAGGUGUAAAGGGAAAUUCGUUUUUAAAUAGUUAGGUGACUAUUCCGCUUUAAGUAAAGUGUUCAAAAAACAGAAUGUGUAAUUGAAAAUAAAGCGUAGACUUAUGAAUUUUCCUACAUUUUUUUAUACGAAGGAUUUCUGUGUUAUGACUAUUUUCAGAUUUUCCUCCUUUGAUGAAGAAAAUGCUCAGUUUUGUUGUGAGCAUAUUGCAGGUCAAGUAGAAAACACAUUGGAGUGGGAGAGAGAAAUGGUGAUAAAAAGGCAACAAAAGGUGUGAUAUAUUUAUAGUUCCUAAAUAUCUCAACGUGCGUUUUCGCGGCCAGCAUUGCGUCAUGAGCUUUCCUUUGCGUGUAACAAGUUUUUGACCGUGAGAAAAAAGCUAGGUGUCUAAAAGUCUGCGAGGGUUCGGGCAUUAAUGACCAUUAUUAGUGCCAGAUCCCUUCUCAGAUAUCUCGCCGGCUCACCUCAAACUUUCUCACGGGCGUUGAAACGCUCGUGCCGCAAAAGUUUGUUUCAAAAUCCCGCCGUCUCUGUACGGACAUAUGCAUCAGUUUCCAAUUGGCUGGAAUUCUUACAAGCUUUGUGAUUUGAAAUUUACCUACGUAACAGAAAGUCCAAUGCUCCGUUACGCUUUGAAUAAAUCUUUGCCAUUGUACGAUACCAAUGACUGCGCAAUGUAAGUCAAAGGGCUGUGUUUAAUUCCUCUGUUCGUAAUUUGAUUGAGAGACACGUAAAACUGCUCCGCACUACGGAAUGAACAUAUACAUUAAUCUUGUUGUGGUUAUUCAUGCUCGUGUAUCUUUAAAUAAACAGAUAUAUGUUCAUUACAGCUCUGAAUUUUUGUAAUUCUGUAACUCUACUUGAAGCGAAUGAAAUUUAUUCUCAAUUUUUGAAGUGUUUCAAAGAUGCAAAACACGCGAUCAUCCGACUUCGCCAAGAUCGACGAAUGCAGCUGUGAGUUAUACAGUUGACCUCAAAAACAUCUUCCACUGAAUUCUUUCUUUCCCUGUGUAAAAAAAACUGUUCAAGACUUCCUUUCAAUAUUUUUUCCCCGAUAUGAUUGAUUUAAAGAGUGAAAACUGUAAAGAAAUGACGACAGUUGUAACAUUUGUUCUGCUAGAAUAACUCCUUGAAAAUUAAUCUUAUAGUCAUGCUACGUAUUCUCACGGAAACCAACGAGAUUCAUUGCUAAUAGAGAGCUUAGGCACAAACUUGUUUGAGGCUCACACGGUAGCUGGAAUUUGAGAGUUCUUUUUCCUGCACUGGCCUCAGAUUUCCGUUUUUUUGGUACCUUUUUAAAACCAUUUCAGUUCCAGGAGUAGCAAAUAGGAAAUAUCACUAAACGACUCCCGUUCAUUUCCAAGAAGAAAAGCAAUGAAAAGAAUCAAAGUUAUCAAUCUAGGGUACUGUUUCUCUAACACCAAAUUCAAAGGUAACGUUUCUUAGACAGCGCUGAGAAUUGAUGUUUCGAUUUUGGAAGUGAAAUGGUUCAUGCGCUGAAGCAAUGACUCUUUAGUUGAUCGGUUUGUGUGAAAGCGUCCCAUAAGUAGUUCAGUUCAUCUUCUUGAGCUAUACUGGCGCGUCUUAAAACGUCUUCGCUAUUAUCCAAUCAGAAAUUUCUUCAACGAGAAAAGCCAGUUGAGGGAGCUGGUGAAAGGAGAAUGAUGGAACGCCUUUAAGAGAGCGAGUAGAGAUCUUUAUUUGGUACAGUGGUAUUAGGGAAGACAUUUGUUAACUCGUUUUUUUUUUCUUUCCGACCAGCAUUUACUGAAGGUUGCAAAAAACCUGUUUACUCUCGUAGGUGAGCUCAGUUUUUAAAUCGUUUGUUGUUUACAUUAGUAUUUAUCUGCUUUGCUGAAUCAGAUUUGAAUCUGAAUUGAUUUGUUGUGGACGUGUGCCAUGCAUUUCUUAGUUGGUAGCUUGUGACUGAAAGAGAAAAGCAGAAACAGUUGCGCCCAGCAUAAACAUCAUAGGGUUAAAGGAAGUCAGUUACUCUUUAGCACUUUGUUAACUUUGUUAUCAUCGAAGUUUUCAGGGUAACUUCCAAUUCCAAGGGAGUGGUUUCACUGAUAGAUCCUCUUAACCCCACCAUGGUAGUUUACUCUGCUAUAGUUAUUCAUUUUGUUAGCUCGUAAAAAUGGUGUCGCUUUGGAUACAAGAAAUGAUUCCAUUCGUGCGCAGCGUCCCUGUGAAGUUCAUAACACGACGUUCACACCUCGGGCCUUACACCUGUUACCGCUGUGUGGUUGUUUAUUGUACUAUCCGUAAGGUAACGCUAAUGGACUGAUCAGCUCUUCGUUGUAUUCUUAUUAAAAAGUCUAUGAAUUAUUCUAAUUUGCAGACGAUGUCAGCGUUUUGUUAAGUGAAAUCAUGACAGAGGCUCGGAAUUUGACCAACGCUGAAAGGUAAAAUAGAUACAGGCUACUUUCUUUUGGCCCAAGUUUUAUCCUUGCUUUCGAAGUCAAGUGAUUUGUUUUAUUAACUGCUGUCAGACCGCGCAUAUCUCUUCACCCUGAAGCCUUUUUAGAGAAGACAACCACAGGACCUUAGAGCGCAUUUCAAUUUGGUGUCCUGAAACCAAAGUAAUCACACCACCCAAUCAGAGCAAAGCAAAAUGUCACCCCGAACCAAUGAGAAUUCGAAGAAUCGAGUGACCAGGUCGCUUUUGGUGUUAGUUUGCAUUUAAUUUGUUGGGAGGGUGGCGCGACUUUUCUCGACCAAUCACAGCGCAGAGCAACGAGAAACCAAAGCAGCCCUGAUUGAAAAGUGUUCUAAUGAACGUAUUAAAGGUGAUCGUCAAUCUACUUCUCGAUUCUCGAAGGUGCUCUCUGUUUCUUUGGGACAAAGAAAGAGAUGAACUUGUGGCCAAGGUUUUUGACGGAGAAAUCCCCUCAGAUGGUUCAGACAAUGGAAAGGUUUGUCCAAGCUAUUAAAAAUUCAAGACCUAGCUUCGAGUUCUCGCACUAUUUCUCAUGAAGGAGCUUGAAGACAGCAAACAUUAUCCUGGCUCUCGAUCAUGAUUUACCGAUUCGUUUGCUCCUAUCAUUCAACAUUUAGCGUUUUGAAUGGAAUUAUAAGAAAAUAAGUGAACUAUGACGGUACAUGAGCUACCUGGAAUUAAUGAGCUUGGUCGCGCAAAGGCCAAAACCUUCAUAAAAGUAUGCGUUGUUGUAUUUGUCUGUUAAGUCGUCGCCUAGGCUAGUUUAUUUUUAUUGUUAGUCUACGUUAUGAGUAAAGCUCCUACGAACUUCCACCUCCUUCACCUAAGUUAGGAACUAUCUGAAUAGUGUUUGAAUUGUGUAGGAACCAGAAGUGAGGAUUCCAGUCACCCAGGGCAUCGUGGGUCACGUUGCUACAACAGGUACUGCAUGAAAACGAGUUUACUGUAACAAAUUGUCUGUAUGAUUUAUGUCUUACGGCAAAAUAUACGUCUUCCAGUUCCGUAUCGCGGUUAGUUUACUGGUUUACAACCAAAACAGCAUUGAUGUAAGGCACAGAGGCAGAGUUCCUGCAGACUAUUGAGCUUCUGUUAUCCAAAGAUAACAGAAGACACAAGUCGCAAAUGGACAACAGUUUUCUCUCCGAGUCAUUUUAUUGAAAACAGCGUGAAAAUCAACUUUAAGCUGCGGAUGGUGGUAGCGUAGGUAAAGAAUGGGGCAAUUAUAUGCGUAACUUGUGCUAAUACCAAAACGACUUUUGAAAAUGGUUCUAUUUCUCAAGAGCCGACCUUCUACUUCCAAAAUUUACUUACUGCACUUUUUGUCUCGUUAUCAGGGAAGAUGCUGAACAUAAAAGACGCGUACAGCCAUCCUAUGUUCUAUAAGGGGCUUGAUGAGAAAACAGGCUUCAGAACAAGGUAAAGGUUUGUUCUCUUCUUCGCCAUAGUAACGGAAUGGACUUUUCAAUUCUAGUACUGUUGUGUGUACGACGGCAAGGCCCACUCUAUUGCAACACAUGUAUGUGGCAUUUCCUGUCAACAACAAUUUGUUUUUAUACAUCUAUUUUUAUAGUUUAUUUACAGCUCCAACUAUUAAUGUUUACCGCACGUCGUUCAUUUGAGUGUUUGUAUGAUUCUUCAUGUUUAGAAAUAUUCUCUGCUUUCCGAUUAAAGACGAAGAAGGUAAGUCACCCUUUUUUUUUUUCAUGAGAAUUGUACAAUGGUCUUCUUUUUGUAUUGUUAAAAAAUAAUAUCCUUUCUUGUCUCAUUACAGACGUGAUUGGAGUAGCACAGUUGUGCAAUAAGACAAAUGGUAUGUUAACCAAGAUUAGAAUCAUUUUAAAUGUUUUUUGAAACAACAUGAAUUAUCACUAUGAGAAGAUACUGGUUUGAUUAUAGUUGGCAGCGUGACCUUCAAUUAACUUCGCAUAUUUUAUAUAAAUUGCAGUAAUGUUUUAAUGCCAAAGACAAUUUUGUAAGCAACUUUGAGACCAUCGAAUGAUGGGACCAUCUGCCGAAUAUCAACUCGCCUCGCGGAAAUGCUUUUUAACUUCUGAGGUAGUAAUAAAGCAAGUUUCCCUUGCAAUGAUUUGUUUAUGAUUAAAAGCGCUCUUCUUAAAAUCGAAACGCAAAGUUGACAUAUCAAGUUAUCGCGAGGAAAUUCUUAUAUAACAGAUGUAGAUUGUGUUUUCAAUGCGCGAGAUACAAAUUUGAUGUGUUAGACCUAACAGAAAUUCAGCAAUCUCAUCGAAAUGUAUUUGAUACAAAUCGACUUUUCUUCCACAUUGCAGGUUCUUGUUUUACAAAGUUUGAUGAAGAUCUGACCAGAGCAUUUGCCAUUUAUUGUGGUGUAAGCAUUUUCCAUGUAAGUUUCCGACGCAGUGUUUUGCAGUUGUCGUGUUUGAUGGUUGUUGUGUUUCCUAUCGACUUCAAGCGAAAGCCUAUGCAAAACAGAAACAGAGAACAGACACGUAAGCAAGCAAUGAACAACAAAUAAACAAACAACUAGGUCAGUGCAGUUUGCCUCUGAAAAUUAAAAAAGGCGUGCAUUCCUGCAUACGUGUGCGGACAUGAAACUAACAAACAAACAAUAAUAAGAAAACAAAAAAGACCAAAAAAGGGAAAUAAAUCAAACCAAAAACGUUUAGUAAAAAGAGAAGCGAUCGAAAUGGAAUAGAUAAUUUACAACUGUUUCGAGAAAAGUUGUCGGAAAAAAGGACACAAAAAACGCGACAAUCUCAAAAGAUAACCGGGGUAUCCGGUUAUUAAUGAGUUUUAAUGAUUAUAAUAUAUAAAUGAAUUCAUCAAACCUGCAAUGCUUCGUCCUAACAGUGACGUUUUUUCAGAUUUUGCUGAAAUCCUAAGUUCAAGGAACCGUGACCUGAAAACUACCCAGAACACCUUUCGGGUUUGUCACGCGCACUUAAACGCAUUUUAUUCUGACAACCUUUCUCUAAACAGCUGAAUGUGAUCAAGCCCACUUUAGUUUCAAAAGAUAGCUACUUUUUGAUUUAAAGGUAGUUAAUUCGGUAACAGUUAUCUGCAUCGUUUGUUUGUUUGUUCUUAACGUUUUACCCCAUUGAUAAAUUAUGUUCAGGUAACAGUCUCCCGAUCUUAACUUUGCGUUGACAUCUUUUUUUCAGUCUCUUUUAUAUAAGAAAGCAAAAGACGCCUCACACAGAAGUCGACUAUCGUCUGAAAUGAUGAUUUACCAUAUGAAUGUAAGUUUAGUGAUAUGAGCAAGGUGUUGAGGUUAUUUGUUUUUUGUUGAGAACGAAUCAUAACCGUGUCUGGUCAGAUCACUUUACUAGCAUGUUUUGCUUUUAUUUAUUACUUGAUAUGAAGUGACUUAUCAAGAUUUAAUUCUCGUGUUUUCAACCAAUUUCGCUUAAGGUGUCUCAAGCCGAAGUGGAUCCGCUCGUUAACAGGUCAAUUUGCACCACGGGUGACGUACAUCCACAGUUUAGCCAGUUCCCAUGUGCGCCAAGAACUAUUUUCCCAGAUAAUAUGAUUCCAGUAAGUAGAGCUUGCACUUACCAAACUCAUCCUUGGUCAUCAACGCUUACAAGGCAAAUCUGAUGUUUUCUGUCCUGCUCUGUAGGCCUGUCUUUGUAUGUUUGAAGAUCUUGGAAUGAUCGAGAGAUGGAAAAUUCCAAAGGAGGUGCUAGUAAGGUCUGUGUUAUAAAGAAUUUAUUAUUUGUGUGUCCUAUAUAAGGAAGUGGUGUCCCGCAUAUGACAGUAGGAGACCAAACGUUACAUGCUCAUAGAGUUUAAGGUUUGCGGGGUAAACUCAAGGAUAUGUAUUUGAAAUUAGAAUUUCAAUAUUUAGUGUAAAAGUGACAUCAAAUCCAGCAAAAAUAACAAAGAAAUGAUAGAGACAAGAAUUUUGCCCUUUGGAAUUGAUGUUGGACAUAUGACGUGUUAUGAUUACAGGUUUUUGCUUAUGGUGAGGAAAGGUUAUAGAAACCCUCCAUAUCACAACUGGAUUCACGCUUUCACCGUGGCUCACUUCUGUUAUCUUCUUUACAAGAACGCAAAGAUUAGCAAUCGCUUAAGGUUUGUCAGUUUCACAUACACUUUGGUGUCUGGUGUGCUUGUUCUAAUUGGUUAGUUAUUCUCACUUCAGGAAUGCAUUUAAUCUGAACCCCACUUUCUGUGGAACAGAUAAUAUCAGUGACUAAUUCUCUAGUAGAAGGUGUUGUAAACUCUCAAUAACUCUUCACAAGGGGCUCAACUUUUGUGUAAACAAAGAUGUACUUGAGUGAUAUGCUUACUUGAAAAAAAUGGGAUUAGUUGUUUGAGGGAGCUGAAGUUUAAUCGCAAGCUUGCCAUACAUAUGUAAACAUCUCCAUUCUUUUUUUUUUUUUUUUUUUUUUUUUAAUUGUUCGAAAUAAAUCCAAGACCACCUCAAGCGAGCAGUGCGUUAACAAAGUGAUCUGGCUUGUGUCGCUAUAGUCAAAUUUCUAAAAGAAAUCUGAACAUCACAAUAUUUCGAACACGAGCGUUUUGCGCCUGUCGAGUUUCGCCUUUUGAGUUCAUUUUUAAUGAGAACAUGUUAGACUAUUUUUUUAUUUUUUUCUUUUUUGUUUUUCCUUAUAUAUGGUAUUUUGCUUUCCUUGCAUUACAGAGACGUUGAAAUGUUGGCAUUGUUCGUAGCUUGUCUGUGCCAUGAUAUCGACCACAGGGGGACCACAAAUUCCUUCCAGGUUUCUUCAGUAGGUAGACAGUUUUGGUUGUGACAAUUCCUGGUCAAUGUCUUGGUUUACGAUGUUUUCCUUUACUAAUACUCAAUGGUUAUUUUAUUUGACAGGGCUCCACGCUCGCAGCCCUGUAUAGUUCAAAGGGAUCUGUGUUGGAGGUAAGGAACUUCAGUUUAGCCAGUUGAAAAAUUGUCUUCACGCCAGGUUUCCUUCUAGUUCAGUGUGCGAUAAUCACAGCUGUUCACUGUGUUGGAUUUAUUAAUGUUUAAAACAAUUCCGUUUGGUUCCCUCACAUUUCCGCAAAAAGGUUACGAAAAACAAACAUGUUGUAGCGAGCGUGGAAAGUACAGGUUGAAACCAAACAAUUUUGUUCCGGUUUGCGAUAGUUAGGCAGAUGUUUUGCGCCACAAUCCAAACAUCGAGUUACUUAGGUCCGCCAUUCCUUCACUAAAACAUGAGGCAAUUGGUCCGUUUCAAGUACUCGUCAAUCAGUUGUGCCUGCACUUGAUUACCAGUUUACUGUAGUGAAUCUGACUCUAUAUUAUUAAAAUAGAAUUGGUUUCAUAAAAUCUCUGUUUCCCUUUCACAGAGACAUCAUUUUGCGCAGACUAUGUGUGUGCUCAACUCUGAAGGAUGUAAUAUAUUCAAGAAUUUAACUGGAAAAGUAUGAUGCUCAGCAGUAACUUAAAGUUAAGCCCCUUUUGUUGGAAAAAAGUAUUUCGCCAAAACUUUUAUUUCAGCGAAUAUUGAUUUUCGUGAGCUGUUGUUAAGAGGGCUUAAAGGCAACAGUUGGAAAAACAUGCGUCAACUUUUAGGCAGUUCGUUUUAAAAAAGAAAAUUAUUUUCCGUUAGUUUUUCAGAGUUUAUAGAGGAUAUCGUUCCCCUCAACGAUUUAACCCAGGAAUCAGUGUUAGCCCUUUUAAUACACCCCAAGAUCAGUAUGCAUAUUCUCCAUACUGUUCUCUGUACAUUUCCUAAGUUGCUGACAGGGAGAAUUUAAUUGGUGACCAUUUCAUUUAUUCUCGUGACCUUAAUGUUGGAUUCAUGGGUGAUAUUGUAAGGAGACAUUGGAUGCUAGUCACUCCAGGGUCAAAUAGUUGACCAACAGAAGCUUCAUUCUCUUGAAGUGCUCAUUUGCCCAGUUGAAGCAUUUUGCAUGUAUGGGUAAUUUUCAAAUGCUUUAAUAAUUAAUUGUAAAUCAUGUCUACUUAGGACUUUGAAGAAGUUUUUAGUCUUAUUCGGGACAUUAUUCUAGCAACGGACCUUGCCCAUCACUUGAAAAUCCUUCCAGACAUCAAGAACAUGGCUAAAGGUAACAACUUAAAUUGGCCACCGUAAAGCGUUUCAAAGCUGACGUUUCGCGCAUUAGCCCUUCGUCAGAGGGCGAAUGACGAAGAGCUGACGCUCGAAACGUAAGCUUUGCAACUCUUUACGGUGGCCAAUUUACGCUAUCAACUCAGUCGAUGAUACUUAAUUACCCACCGACACAGCACCACAGUUCCUUUAGAAACUUAUCCCCUUUAUUCAAAGGUAACACUGUUUAUUUUGUGGGUUUUAAGAAAUCCCUUACGUCUCCUAGGAGCGGUAUGCUCUUUCAAAAUUGUGACUGGUUUUUGGUAUGAAAAAACUGCAAACUGUUGCGAUUCACUGAAUAUGUAGAGUGGAUCACCAUUCAGCGUUAGAGACUCCAUGUACACUCCAAAGUAUUAAUCGGAGGGUCGUAGGAACAACUCCUUUUUGGAGCAUUUGGAGUUUUCUUUCUCUGAGUAUGCUUGUGCCAUUCGCUGAAAAACAUUAUCUUCCACUUUAUUACCAUCUUCAAUAACAUCAUCAAGUAAUACUGUUAUAUCGUUUCUGUUUUUGACUAACUCUUCUUAAUAUAUUUUUCAGAUGGUUUUAAAAAAGAUUCUAAAGAUCACCACACUCUUCUUCUCUAUCUUAUGAUGACAGCCAGCGAUUUGUCUGAUCAAACUAAGAACUGGGAAGGAACGAGAAGAACGGCGGUAAGCAAACUGGUCAAAUGGAAAACUGACAGUUACAAUAUUGGCCACUUCGCUUUACCUCGUUUUGCGUAGUGUUUAUUGCGCUGGUUUCCGGACCUUUCGAUCCGAUUACGAGCCUUCUUGAGUCUUUGGGGUGUGUUUUUGGGAAAGAGUUCAGCUGCUUCUCCGGUAGGAUUGUUAAUGGCCUCUAAGCCAACUGUCAGUGGCAAUUUUACACAGCUCCUUCACGUGAGGUUUAAAAUGCUUUCUGUAAGAUCUAUCGUAAAUUUCUAUGGUUAUGUUUGAGUGAAAUCCUAUCUAUCUGGCCAGCUUUAUUCAUUUACCUCGGCAUUGACAUUUAAUGGAAAAGCGGUGUACUCACCUCUUUAAACGAUUUUAAUGGUAGUUGACGCUAAGAAGGACGUCCUUGCUGUCUUGUCUAUCGCAGCGCUUUCCAGUGCUAUGGUCAUGCGGCAAAUGUAACACAAAGACGAUCUUUCAAAUUUUAUUCUGACAUCUAUUAAAUGUUGCUUGUUGGCCUCCAUUACAGGAUCUGAUAUACACCGAGUUCUUUUCACAAGGUGACAAGGUAAGGAAUGAAUGAUAAAAGUUCAAUCAACAAAGUGAAUUUUAAACGGAUUCACAUAGUGGGCCCUUUUUUUUUUCACCUCAACCCUUUAACCCUUAGAAGUAAUUAGUAUAUAAGUUCUCCGUACCAUAUCCACACACUAUCCUGCAAACAGGUAAUGAGAAUACUCGACCUCAUCAGGUAGAAGUUGAUAUCUUUAUCUAACACCAAAUUCUUGUACUUAAUUUACAAGGAAAUGUGUAGCAGCUAGAGGGGCGAAUUGACAAUCAGGUCUUGUGAGUUACAGGGUUAAAGGCUUUUUGUACUGUUAAGGCUUGUACUGCUACACGUACUAAAGUUUUAAAAGAAACCGUGACCACAGAGCUACGUUUUCUUGUAUUCAUAUUUCUUUUUUUCUGGUUUUGCUUCCUCUGCCAGAAUUCAUUAAAAAUAUAUCACAUAUUUUUUGUUGUGUUUGGUGAUUGCGUUUUUUUGUUUGCUUUUGUUUUUGUUUCAUUUUAGGAAAAGCACAUGGGAAUUACUCCAAGCGAAAUGAUGGACAGAGAUAGAGCGUGUAUUCCAAAAUUGCAAAUCGAUUUCCUGGAUGCAAUUGCACUUCCGGUAUACAGGUAGUUACAUUUCAAUGUAGUUAUGCAGCUGUUUGAAUGGAAUCGGCCGUAGGACGUGAGUUUUACUUACCGAACUGCUGUCAUGUUUGGUGGAUGAGUUCGAAUCUGGUAAAUAAGCCUAUCAGAAAAAACAAAGAAACAAACAGAUACCACUACAUUGCUCAACGGGUAGCUUGUGAUUGGAUUAAUGAGUUUAUUGCCUUCUAAAUAAUUUAUGUUCUCCGCCUGUCUUCUGCUCAGACGUGCUAUCUGCUCGUUAUACAACAACUUGUUAACACAUGUAUUGAAUCUAUUAUCAUUGGUGACACCGUCAUUAAACCUCUAGAAAGCGUCCGGAACCUUGGGUCCUAGUUCAACGCAAAUGACUGUUCAUAUAGGCAAGAUUUGUGGCACGGCUUUUCGCGGACUAUACAACAAAAGACACAUCAGAAAAUUCCUUACCGUGCAAUCGACAAAGACACCGAUCCAUGCCUUUGUAUCUUCGCACCUUGAUAAAUGUAACGCACUUCUUUUUGGUCUACCUAAAUAUCAAUUUGAUCGUUUACAGAAAGUUCAUAAUGCUGCAGAUAGAGUGGUUUUUCAGAUUGCUAAAUUUGAUCAUAUCACACCCGCACUUAUCGGCCUACAUCGGCUCCCAGUAACAUUCAGCGUUCAGUUCAGAUAGCUUCUUUUUGUUUAUAAGUCGCUGCACAACCAAAUUCCACUCUACAUUAAAGAUCUUUUGUCCCUGAAACAUGCCGCUAAUUAUGCUCUUCGCUCGUCUGUACAAUCUCUCCUGUUCGUUCCUAAAAUCAAAUGCUUUACACGUGGGGACUAGGCCAUUGCUCAUGUUGCACCUGUUUUAUGGAACUCGCUGCCAUUAACUAUAAGAACAAGUGGUAGCCUCACAAUUUUUUAAAAAGCAUCUUAAAACAUUUCUCUUUAGGGAAAGCUUAUAGUUUAUUAGAAUAGCUCUGAAUGUUUAGUGCUUUGAAUAUUUUGAUUUUAAUUUUGUAUUGAAUUUUAGAUUUUCGUGUCUUUUUUUUUCAGAUUUUAGCUUUAUUAUAAUUACUGUUAUUACUAGCUUCUUAGGAAUUUUAAUCUAACUUGAAGUAAAGCGCUUUUGAAUAUUUUAGUGUUAGCGCUAUACAAAUUCUUUAAUAACAAUAAAGUUAUGUCUCCAAGUUGCAAUUGCCGUUAUUUUUUAACCUGAUUUUAAGCCAACUGCGAUUUUGAGACGCCAGUAUUGCAUGAUUACGGGGGCUCGUUGGGAGAAAAUAUUUUCUGGUGUAAGGUGGAGUCGCGAGACGUAAUACGAAAAUAAAUUUUCGUCCCUUCCCCUGACUUGCUUUUGUUCUUCCUAUUUUGUUUAUUUAUCUAUUUUUCUAAUCAUUUCUUUUCUUUUUUUUUUGUCCAUAUCCAGGCUGUUGUCCUCUCUACUACCGGAGACUGAAAUAGUUUUGGACACAGUUUUGACCAACAGAGAGAAAUGGCAAAAGGCUCAAGAAGAUGGCGACUAUGUGUACAGACCAGUGGCUACUACUGACAAAGAAAUCAAUGGGAAUGUGCCUCUAUCACCAUCAUAACGGUGCCAUAACUCGCUCUUCCGAUUGAACAAUUCAUGGAACAAAUUAUAGUAGGAAACCGCUCUACGACAAACCUUUGGGACGUCUUUGUUGGCACUUAAACUCGAUAACAUACAUAUUUUUGUAUGAAGAGCGGGUUCAAACUUUGCCUAAAAGAGUUGGCCAUUGCAGUAUCGGAUGCAUCAUUGUCCUUGAGUAAUUACGGCGCUGGUGUAUUGCCUUCAUUGAGAAAUGUUUUCUAAUAUUGAAUUUCUCCUAGAAGCAAGAGAAAUAACGGGUUCAAAUGCCUAGGUUGACUGUCAGUGAUAACUCAGAGCUGCGCUCUGUGUAUUGGAAGGCUAUGCUAUCAGAUACUUGAGAUGCCCAAGUAAGGCAAUAGAUACGAAAAGUAAUGGCCUCUGGUACCCGAACAACUGAAACUCAACUGUAUUUAUCAUUUAAUAUCCAGAGGUCAUUUCUUUUAAAGGAAUGUAGGCAUAAAUUCUAUUUAUUAUGUGGCUAAAAUUACUACAAACCACAUUUUUUUCCUCAGAGUGCUCUUAAUAGUGACCAGUGUCGCACGUGGGUCACAGUUUCUUUCACGGCCGCUUUAUUUUCAUCAGACGUUUUUAUAAUUCAGGGAUCCAUCUAUGAAUAACUGACAUGAACGUAAAAACAGAAUAAAAUUAGGACAAAUCCUAAGAGCGAAUCACAGUAAACUCAAGUUCACAGUGUAAGACCCAAUUUUUGCCAUUUACAAUUUGGCAAACUGCUAAGUAGGUUCCUGUGGGUUGUUGUUGGAUUUCGAUGCCAAAUCCGCAGAUCCUUAAACAUAUUCCCCUUCCUGUUGGAGUGAUUUCCAUACGAAAGCGAUGAAAAACGGUGGGAAAAAAACAUGUAGGCCAACCGUCUAUUUUCGGCGAUGUUUAUUUACCCGUUUAUUUUGCUUUAUUUAGCUUUAUUUGGUUGGAUGUAAUAACUGUUAGAUGCAUUUUUUUGAUAACAUUAUUUAUGUUAGAGCAAGCCUUAACAGAUGCAGUCACGUUUUAUUUUCAUACUGUAGAGCAGCUACUCCAAAUACCAAGAAAUUUUCUCUUAGUUGGCUAGCUGAAACAUUUCUUUCACAACAUUCAUCAGUCGUUUAGUAGGUUAUUUCUUUGACGAAUUACUUUAAAACUGUAAUACGAUGGAAAAGAUUUCCUUCUAAGCAGAGAUUUUAAGCACGUAAAAUUUCACAACGAUUUAGAAAUAUAAUAUAUUAUAGAGUUUCAAUCAACAACUUUAUGAUCUCGUUUUUGAGGGACUGUUGAUCAGAUUGAUUCACAAAGUUUAGCAAUCGUUGCUUUUUCAUAUCUCAUUACAUAUUUCAAAGGCAGUUCAUCUAAAAGGUAGCGUUCAAAAUAAUUUGCAAUUUUUUUUAGGUGAGGAAUUAACGCUUACCUUGUACAAUGGGUAUUUUUCUUGUUACGUGCUCUUUUAAACACUUAAUGAACAUUCUUUGAUUGCAAUGUUAAAAAUAGCAUUCUCUGAAUGUUAAUUCAGUUCCGACUUUAAGUUAAAGAUUACACAAAACGUAAGAUAGGUAUUUAUUUAAAGGAAAGGCGCAAAUUGCCAGAUAUGUAAAUUUGUUAUGAAUACACAAUAUUAUGGUUAGUAUAAGUUUACAAAGCUGGACAAACAGUAUUAUAACAUAGCUAGUAAAUUUGUCCAAUCAAAUUCAAUUGCGCGAGCGUGCUUCAUAUUCCUAUUGUGCACGCUCAUGACGUAAGCAAACAAAUCCCUCAAGAAAAAAAUUUUCCAUCGGGUUGAAAGUGUUAUAAAACAAUUGGUUCAUGCGUCAGCUGUGCG